AGCAAGAGCGUGAGACGAAUGUUUGACGAGAGAGGGAAGAGCGAAGACUAUAAGAAAGAGCAGAGGCGCAAGCCACCCUCGGGCAAGAGAGGCAGGAGUCUGACGGCCCCUUUCGCAAGGCAGCUCCUAGGCCUGGUUAGGGGCGAAGGCGGCGAGCCGCGGAGGCCACAACACGACCGCCGUCCUCAUUGGUCGACGCGCCUGGCCUGGGUGGGGCUCCGGAAAAAUUGGAGGGGAGAAAAAUCCCCUCUAAAUAGCUGCGGCUGCGGCCGCGAAAAACUAGACUCCGCUCGGCCGGCAUCGAGUGCGCGUCGGUUCGGUGUAAUAGUUUCGUGAGAAGUUUUUUUUAUUUUAAACGCGGAGUGCAACGAGCUAAGACGAGUUUCUUCGACGGCUUCGGUACCGGUUUCCCCUGAAGCGAAAAUAGACUUUGUUUACAAUCGAUGGUGCUUCGGGGACCAUAACAGUGCAGUUGGAAGGUACACAGUGAUAUCGAAUCUGAACUGAGUGCGCAGAGGAUAUAAAGCUGACUUUGUGUUAUCGAGGAUUAACCUAGUCGGACUGUUGCUUCGCGAGUAUACAGAAAUUCAACGGUGAAGAAACAUGCAUCUACCGGCGGGACCGUUAGGAAUGGAUAGCUUCAACGCCAUCCACGAGACCCUACAAGCCUGUCACGGCGACCUCGUGAAGACCGGAAGUCCCGCCAUCCUGUGCAGCGCGUUACCAUCGCAUUGGCGGUCGAACAAAUCGCUACCAGUGGCCUUCAAGGUCGUCGCACUCGACGAGGUCAGCGACGGAACCCUGGUCACCAUUCGAGCAGGAAAUGACGAGAACUGCUGCGGAGAGCUAAGGAACUGCACCGCUGUCAUGAAGAAUCAGGUCGCCAAAUUCAACGACCUCAGAUUCGUCGGUCGCAGCGGGAGAGGAAAAUCGUUCUCUUUGACUAUACAAAUCAGCACGGUGCCGUUUCAAGUCGCUACCUACACAAAGGCUAUCAAGGUCACCGUGGAUGGACCGAGGGAACCAAGGUCCAAGUCGAACUAUCAGUACGGGCCCGGAUUCCCUGGACUAGGAUUGCUCAACCCGUGGAUGGACGUUGCAUAUCUAGGACACGCGUGGCAUUUGUCUCAUCCGGCGUUCAAAGGUACGAACCCGAUGCCGCCGACGGAUCUUUUCUCGCCGACGUUCCCGCCGAUGGGAAUUUUACCCUCUUACCCGUUCGCGAACGUCAAGUAUCCGAUGGAGUACGCCACGCUACCGCCAGAGACGACAACCACCGUCACCACGGCAGCAGCCAUUCCGAACAGCCCGUCCAGAACGCCGCCGAGGAGUCCCAGCGAUUCCGGGAGCGAAUCGGCGCCAGAGGAGGUUCGCAGCGCGUUCGUGCCAAUCAGAUUAAACACCCUACCACCGGCGUCAUCGGUCAUCUCCGCGACCGCCUCGUCCCCCGCCUCGACACCGGAGAAGACCGUCCCAAAGAAACCCGCCGAGAACGCCAGGAGCAAGUUGAAGACCGCCACGACCAUGAUUUCUCCGCAGCCCACGAAAAAGUUCUGGAGGCCUUACUAGGGUGCGAGGAACGAGUUGCAGACUCGGUGAAAUCUGGACAUACAAUUCCCGCUGGAAGGCUAGUGAUUAUUUAGACGUUGUCGGGUGGAUACAUGUCCCUUCCGUUCACGGACGACCGACGUUAAGGGGUGUGACUAGUUCGACUCUAACGCUGGACGAUAUUUCAGAUUCGGUCGGAGAAUCGUAUCGGAUGCGACUCCGUGUCUCGAGUAUCGGGUGUGAUUUCACGUUUCGUGUACACGCGUUUAUUUACUUUUUAUCGGGCUACAGGAUCUUUUCAAAUUUACGCGAUUCAUUCCGUCGAAGAAACGGUAAAAUCUUGUUGCCACGAUUCACGUGACGGCUCUCGUUCUGGUGAUUUCAAACGAAUCAGACGUGUUCUUACUCCGAAUAGAUCUUGCUGUAAUUUGAAUUGGUAGAAGUAAGGAAACUUGACAACUGAAAGAAUUAGAGCAAGACAACGUUCAAUUGCUUCGAAUAGAUUCUGCAUACAUAUAUCGGGACAAUGUUAAUUUAGACGGUACAGGAGCAUCGAGUGGUUCUCGAGAUAUCUUCCUCAACGGCGUGAACAGUGUCGUCUCGAGGAUAAACGAAUCCAAAGUUGGGGAUGCGGUAUUAGAUACACGGCGAGUUAAAAUAGAUUCUGCGGCAUAAAUCUUUUUAAGAUCUUUUUAACUAGAAUUUAGUCAGAUCCCUUAAUCGUUGCUCUCGCCUGAGCGACUUUUUUUCGUUAGACGGUUUGCAUUUGUUGUUGUUUUCUCAUCACGAUGACGUCGGAGACGCCACCUUCGGUUUUACGAAGGUGUCGCUAAGAGGACUGUAGUCACGUUUACGGAGAUCGUACGUGGACUCGGGCGGUGGAUCAGGAAACGGUUCGUCGAUCGGAGGCUGGUCACUUUCGGUCACUAGAUCGCGUGUAAUAUUCUCGAGAAACGAUUAUUGUACAUAGGACACUUUGUAUAUACGUGUAGAUAGUUCGUGGACAAUAAUAUAGAGAGACAGAGAUAUUAUAUGUACAUUCGUGAGUGUAGGAACGAGUGUGUUGCGUAUGCGUGUGGGUGUGCGAGCGAGAGAGACCAAAAGACAGAGAUAUUGAUAUUAUUUAUAAGCCAGAGAUCUAAUUUAAUGUAAACAGAUGGUAUUAUAUAGAAACGCAGCGAAAACAAAAUAAAAACGAAAUCGAUGCGAAAA